AACUGGAAUGUGUGUGUUGGGUCGGAUCGCCAUUGCUAGCAUUAGCAUGAUUAGGAAUGCCCUUGCCAUGCAUGCAAGCCGUGUGUAUACCGCGGCGCCGCCAUAGCCUACCAGUGUACGCGUAUGCUAUAGGCUACACCGCCCUUCAUCAAUACGAUAGUGUUAUUAAUAUCUAACCUAGUUGCCAUUGUUGCAUUUUUACUAAAUGGGAAACUGCAGAGAUCUGCGAACAUCAUCUUUAUGAUAUCAUAUAAUAUAUUAACGAAGUGAAGACUUACAUUGUAUCGCAUAUUGGAUCUAUUCUUUCAGUGGGAGACUUUGAGUAGAAAAGAUAAAGAUUUUCGUGGCAUCGAUUUUCUUGAAUGGGUGUAGGAAUGGGCGGUUGGUCGACAGCGAAGGUGGCCCUACAGUCCAUGGUCGUCCUUUCUUUUAUCCUAACCGUCAUUGAUUUGGUGCUUGCUCAACAUGACGGUGAAAUACAUCUUGUGCAUGGAACCUCGUCAAGAAACGGCAGACUAGAAGUUUACCGCAGCAAGGAAUGGGUGACCAUUUUCGACGGUGGUGGAUUCGGCUUACCCGAAGCUGUUGUGGCAUGCAGGCAGAUGGGUUAUAGAUCAGGGGCGGUGGCCGUCUACCACAACGGGAUGUUUGGGCGUGGCACCUCUGAUGUGAGACUACAUAAGAUCCAUUGUGAAGGGAGAGAGAUGUCCCUCAUGGAAUGCUCCUAUAGUGUGUGCAGUGGACUGGAAUGCAACCGGGAUAAUGAUAUUGGGGUAUCAUGCGGAAGCAGUGAAGAUGAAAGAUAUUUUCGCACGACCGGGUUCAGAAGAUGGAGUGGGUUUGUAGUCUUGCUGAUUGCUAUUCCAUUCUGUGGUCAUGCUUAUAAACGCCGCAGUGCUUAUGGUCAGCAAAGUCGUUCCCUUAUCCCAAUACCACGUUACCAUCAUGGACGUGUGCCUCUGACCAGUCCUUUGGAUGACACCGCUGUGACAUCUUCACCAGGGAGUCCUAUGCAGUCCUUUCCAAACUCUCCGGAUGGUCUGCCACCCGAGCCGGUAGCAAGAGUGUAUCCCCAUGGGUAUGUUUCCUAUCCUCACUCGACCACGACACCGCCUUUGAGACCGAUGGCAGCUGUCCUCCCCACACCAGCUCUGGACACACCCAAUGGAUUGCCACGCCCAUCGCAUUUCAUCACCAGCCAGCCCAAUAUCACACCUGAAGGAAUGCCACGAACCAACGCAUUGCCCUCACCUUAUUCAGUGCCACCACCAGAUUAUUCCGAGCUAGAUGGCGGCAUGACAUCGCCAACAAUGCUAAGUGAUUCUGUUCUAAUUUUAGACCCACCUCCUAAAUAUGAAGACAUUGUAAAAUCAUGAAAUUAAGUAUUUUAUUUAUCAGGUUUAUAUAAUUAUAUUUGCCUAUAUUGUGCAAUGACGACCCCUAGGUUCAACCCACUCCCCUGUUAUCUCUUGUCAGCUCCUGAAAACAAUUAAGACAAAUUUCCGAGAAGUUUUUAUUUAAAAAGACCAGCCUCAGAUUUACACUUUGUUUCAACAUAUUACCAUUUAUUGGACCCCCCCCCCCCCCAACUGUUAAAUCAUAGUGCCACCACUGAAGUGAAACAGCCAAGGGCUCUGUCAAUAUACAAGUUCAAUGCAAUCUUUUGAUAUUAGGGAUCCUUUGUUUUGGUGUUGAAUGCAUCCCAAAAUAUAUUGGCAAAAGCUCAAAUGAAGUUCUAAUUCCCUUUUACAGAGCGUCGAUUUCCACUGCAAAAUGCAAUGAUUUUAAAUUAUGUUUACUAAAACAAUUGAUUUUUCUUGAGAGAUCGAGUGCAAUUCAAUUUUCGUAUAGACGAUCAUCAACCAGUUUCAUGGACGGCUGGGUGACGUAUAAAUACGACGGUGUUAUAUUAUAAUGCGUUUACGUUUUUCAUAAAUGUUAGUGUACUGUACAAUAUAAAUUCGUUAAUACAUUUAGCAGCUCUUGGAUAUAUUAUAUAUGUUUAUGUUAUCACUUAUUUCAAUCCAAGAACGUUUGUUAAAUGAAGACCACGAAUGAUCAUUGCAUCUGUCUGUAACAACAUUUUGUUUUAAUAGAUCGGAUCAUGAAUAUUAUUCUUGUUUUAAAGAGAGUGAAUGAUUUUUUCUUUGAUUUCUUGCAUUUGCAUAAUUCCUAAAACUACAUGUAUAUCUUCAGGAUAGAUGUAUUAUUGUAACCAUUUCUAAUGAUGUCGUGGGGGGAUUAUUGAUCAAAAACAUCACCACUAUUUCUUACGACGGCAUGGGAAAAAUGUAUUGAAUAAGUACAUCAUCAACAUUUUUUACAACGGCUUUGUCAGACCAGGGAGGUGAGAUAAUAUACUAUUUGAUGUUUUGACGAUGCGCCUGAUGAAGGGUUUCUAUACUAUAACAUGUAUUAACCUUUGUUUCGGUAGUAUUUUUAUUGGUAGAAUGUUUAGCUUUCGUUAAUACUGUGCAGUCAUUUUAUGCACGAGUUGUUUGCUGUACUCAGAAUGAUAUCUGUAAUCGAGCCAAAAUUUACAAUCAUUUCUUCUGAACAGGUUAUAAUUAUUAUUUUAGCCUGUAGUUAGAGUAAACAAAGCAUAGCAAAGAAGGAGGAGACAGAUACCCCAAAAGCAGAACUUGUCUUGUAAGAAGAUCCAUUUUUCUUACAUUGAAUUCAAUAUGUACAAAGUCAAAGAAAGGGUAUUGAAAAUAAGACAAGAUAAAAACAAGCGGGCAAAGCAGAAAGGGUAUAGCAAAUAAUGAUAAAGUGAACCAUUUUUUGCCUGCUCUUUCUUUGCUUAUUUUCUAUGAACAUCUUUAAAACAUAUAUAUAGGCCAAUAAAAUUUGAAAUAACUGCUUUACAUCCGUCACUCGUAAUAAUUGAUAUGUAUCAAUAUUGUAAAUACAUGUAUUAAUGAAUUUAUCCGGUAAAAAUUAGAUUCAAAUAUCUUGUAAUGGAUAUUUUAAAACAAAUCUUUCUUUCCUUGAUCCCUUUGUCUUUCUGUGUUCGUUAUUCAAACUUUAACUAAGAAUAAAAGCAAACAACAAACGAAUUUAAAGGGUAAAAAAAUGAAUAUUAAGACGUUCAGUGUCGGGGUCAGAUGUUGUCUGAACCGAAAUGUUGUAACCGUUUCCAUUGAUUAACACGUAUAGAUUGUAUCGGUAAUUCAUAUUUAAAUUUUCGAUAGCUCUCCUACAUUUCUUUUAUCUCAGAAAUGAUUGAUUGUUUAUCACUGUUUUAUGUAAAACAUUCUAUUCUUCUUGAUGUUAUUUGAAAUAUUAUUAAUGGAAGUUCAUGCAGACAAAUCAAUUGAAAUAAAUCAAAUUAGACAAAUA